GUGUUGACCGCUGCCGUAGGCAAAAUGGCAGCACCAACUAAAAGUUCGCCUAAAGAUGCACAGGUUAUGGCUGCGAUACUGAAAGAUAUGGGUGUUACAGAAUAUGAACCGAGACUGAUAAAUCAAAUGUUGGAAUUUACUUACCGCUAUGUGACAGAUGUCCUGGAUGAUGCGAAAGUGUACAGCGGACAUGCCAACAAGAAGGCAGUUGACACUGAGGAUGUUCAGUUGGCAGUUCAGUGUCGCAUGGACCACUCAUUCACUACACCUCCUCCAAGAGAUCUAUUGUUGGAGAUAGCUCGCCACAAAAACAAUCAGUCUCUUCCUCUCAUCAAACCCUACUCGGGCCCUCGACUGCCGCCAGACAGAUACUGCCUGUCUGCUCCCAAUUAUAAACUGGUCAGCAGGAAAAAGCUUCAUCGUAUACAGAUAGGCCUGCCUGUCAACCAGCUUCCUGGUGGGCACCGAAUCUCUCUUACACCUGUACAACAGACCCCAAAUUUGUCAGAAAAGACAACCUGAAGUAGCAAGGUAAAA